CACAUUUCGACGCUGCAGAGUCCUCAUACAAAUAAUCAAUACCUACACCAUGACUGAAUAUAUCUCUUCCAUCACUGAGCUCCCUCUGGACAUCCUUGUUCUUAUCGUUCCCUACCUCGACGCCAACAGCUUCCUCGCCUUUUGCAGCACCUGCAAAGCCUUCCAGCAACCUUCUAUCCGCCUAGACCCCAGCUAUUGGAGCCAUGCAACACAGAGUGCUUUCCGCGUCCCCAAUCAGCCUGUCAUUCAGCAUGACGGCUUACGGUGGCAGAAGAUGUACCGCCGCAUGCUGACCCAGAGCAGAGUGUUUACCUGGGGAGCCAACACGUACAACCGCCUCGGCCACAGCUUCCAGCAAAUGCAUGUCCCCAGGGGUGCGAGAACCAUGCGGCGGAUAAGAUGGACUCACAGCACUCACUGCUCGUUCCCUGCCGAAAUGGAACGAACAAGAGAGCUGGGCAUAAUUGCUGAUAUGCAAUGUGGUGGCUGGUCCACGACACUCCUCACCUCCAAAGGCUCGCUCCACACAGUUGGCGUGCUCGACGGAAUGCAGCUGUUGCAUAACCACAGUGCAGACAUCGGGCUGCAGUCAUUGAGGUUCCCUGCUGGGUAUCCUUACUCUACUGCCCUUACCAUGUAUGAAGAGUCGUGCGUUGCCAUUCGCCAAUUUUCCUCCGGUCGAUCACACAUACUAGGUGUUUCUGAUAGCGGGAGGAUAUGGUCGUGGUAUGCGGUGCACAGGCCUGCACUUCAUGUCAAGUUCCUCAAUAUAGAUGUCAAGGAGGUAUCGUCCAGUGAGCGGGUGCCUCGUGGAUCCCUCUACGGCCGCGUCAAAAAGGUCGUUGCGGGAUGGAGCACCAGUUCUGGAUACAUUUAUGGCACGGGCAUUGUCCUUUGGGAACCCGUCAAGCGAGCCCAAGGCGAGGACGAGGCAGACACCAUGCUCGUAAUGGACACGGUCGAAGUACCUAAGACUGGCUAUCAACGUGUAAAAGGUGCAUCCCGUGAAUCCGACCAAGACAAGGCUCUGGGACAAGAAGUUGGCAUGGUUCUAAAUUAUAUUAUUCUCGAACAAUACGUUGUCUUUGUCACCGAUAUUGGCAGGGUCUUCUGUGGGCGGCUCGGCGAGAAUAAUAAGGUUGAUGAAGUAAUGGAAGUGCGUGCCCUGCGGAACGAUUCAGGCACUCCAUUGGACGUUCAGGGCUCGUUCCGGUCCUUCGCCAUCUUCAAGAACGGCGAAGUCCUCACCUCCCAUCAGAAUUAUUUAGAGGCUUGCUGGAAUGACCGGCACAAUAACCCUGAAGGAACUAGUAUCGAAGGCUUUAAGAGGAUUCCUGCUCUACAGCAUAAUGGUGUCAUUUCCAUCGCAUUCGGCGACUACCACUUCCUCGCCUUGCACUCCUCUGGUAAGAUCACUUCUUAUGGCACUGAGCUCCAAUCGUGCGGUGCUCUCGGGCUUGGUGGUGAUGGUGACCCUGAAGGCCGCACUCGAGGUAUACGAUACACCGGCUUUGGUCACGACGGGAAACUGCUUCCGCACGCUUACACAAACGGCCGCCAAGUCUGGUUCCAACCGGAGAUGAAGAAGUGGAUCACCUUUAUGACAAGUGGGGGCAAAGACCCCGACGAAGCUAAGGAGCGAAUGCGGAUGUUCGUGACAGAUGCAAACGUGCAAGGCGAAGUCAGCGAAUGGUUCGAGCAGGAGGGGCGAGAUUGGGAUAAAGACCCAGCUCUCCAGGAUGUCGACGAUGAUGGGCUUGGCGCGUACUUUGCUCUCAGCGUCAGCGCAGCUGGAUGGCAUUCAGGCGCCCUGGUUCUCGUCAACGAAAAGCUUGCCGAUCGCGUCCGCGAAAAAUGCAUCAUCAAGGACCCGGACGUAGAGCCCGAUCCUGAGCCUGAGCUAAGCACCAACAUAACGGAAGGGCUAGAAAAUGACGAUGAUAGCCCAAUCGAUGUAGUCAGUGCAGACGAAGAUCAGCAACCACCACAGCCACCGCCUCACCUCCACGACCCACACGCCAAUUUCCUGGAUCCCAUUUCACAUGGCGCCAGCCCUAAGAAGGGGUAUAAGUAUACCUGGGCGGAGAAGCCGUUUCCGAGGCUGAUACUGAGUGAUGGGACGGAGAUGCCUGGGGUGGUGAAGUUUGAUGAGUGGAGGUAUGGGAGACCGGAGUGGCAGCUUGAUGUUGAUGUUUGAAGUACUGGGUAACACAACAUGGUUCCUGGAGCUAGAAGGUGGUGGAAAUCGUCCCCGAGAUGGAAUUUCGGAUAUCUUUGAGACACAUACCUAAGCAAUAGCAUCACUCCUGUUGUCGAGGUUCUGAACAACACCAUGCUCUUCUUAAGGUCGUGAAUCCUUCUUCGCAUUCUAUAUUCUACAACUCUAAUUCCGGACCUUGAAAACUUCUCGGCAGCCCAGUAAAUCGAUCAAAAGCCUCCCUUCCGCAGAUCCACACUCUUCAUGAACCUCUCAAUCGAAGAUCCGCCAACUCUACUAAUGAUAAUCCUUCGUACCCGGAUAAGAGCGCGGCGUAGAUAGGCUCUGUGUGUUGCGAGACUGGUAUGACGAGUUCGCGACCUGCUGUCGUGCUCAUUUCGGUAUCGUAGAGUUCGGCUACAGCUGGUUAGUGGGGCGGUGAGAGGGUUCAGAUAUUGAGGGAAUAAGGGUGAGAAUGGAG